GUGAGCCACUAUAGUGGCGCGUCAUGCCUAAGAGGUUGAACUUGUUUAUGUACUAUGUGGAUUGAUAACACGCGGUACAUUUUAUUUACGAAUUUUAAAGUUGCAAAAACACAAGCAAAAUGCCAAAAGUGCGAGUGGAGAAAAAGUCUCGUGUGCACAAGGAUGUUGCAAGACAGGGUAUUAUGUUUAAUACGGAUAUUGGACAACACAUUUUAAAAAAUCCAUUAAUAAUUCAAAGUAUGGUAGAAAAAGCUGCCGUUAGAUCAACAGAUGUUAUAUUGGAAAUUGGUCCUGGUACUGGCAACAUGACAGUAAAAUUAUUGGACAAGUGUAAAAAGGUUAUAGCAUGCGAAUUAGACACUAGAAUGGUAGCUGAAUUACAAAAGCGUGUUCAAGGUACGCCGUACCAAGCUAAACUGCAGAUCAUGAUCGGGGAUGUUUUAAAGACAGAACUACCUUUCUUUGAUUUGUGCGUUGCCAAUAUACCGUACAAGAUAUCAUCACCCUUGGUGUUUAAACUACUUUUACAUAGACCAUUGUUCAGAUGUGCCGUACUUAUGUUUCAAAGAGAGUUUGCUGAACGUUUGGUGGCUAAACCAGGAGAUAAACAAUAUUGUCGUUUAAGUAUAAAUACUCAGUUGUUAGCAAGGGUAGACAUGCUAAUGAAAGUAGGAAAAAAUAAUUUUAGACCACCUCCAAAAGUGGAAUCAAAUGUAGUUAGAAUAGAACCUCGCAAUCCACCACCUCCUAUUAAUUAUCAAGAAUGGGAUGGUUUGACACGAAUUGCAUUUGUUAGAAAAAAUAAAACUCUUUCUGCAGCAUUUAAGCAGACCACAGUAUUAACAAUGCUGGAGAAAAAUUUCAAGCUUCAUUGUAGUCUUAAUAAUAAGACAGUACCAGAGGGAUUUGACAUUAAAGAGAUGGUGAACGAUAUUUUGCAAAAGGCAAAUGCUGAGUAUAAACGUGCCAGAACCAUGGACAUAGAUGAUUUCAUCAGCCUUUUACAUGUAUUCAACGCAGAGGGAGUUCACUUCACAUAAUUCAGAGUUCAAAUGAUGCAAACGCAAAUGUAAAUUAUGCAUUCAUAAAAUACGUAUUGUUUCAAUAAGGGACGAACAAUAAAUUUUGCUGAAAAAAAUA